AAAAUUUGGCUUUAAAGGAGGAGAUUCCCAGUGGCUCUGCCCUGGGAAAGUCUCCUGGAAAGGGCCCCUCAGCUUAUGCUCAGUACAGGGAGAUUAUUAGCAGGGAGGCAAAGUCUGCUCCCCAUGACAUCAGCUGUCCCUUCUUGGACAUUCUAUUGUCUCCUAGAGAGUUCUUGGCAUCCUCUGUGAUGUCACCAGUGUUGUAGUGACGACCAGUGCCCUAGUUUCUCUCAGUCUGAGUCUGGCGGUUACAAGCUAAGACAUGUUUUCCCGUCUUCGCAAGCGUUUUGGGAGGGGGAACGUCGAUUGUGGAGAGACUAGAGUGAAGGAAUCUAGCCUUUCGUCUCAAAGUAAUGAUGGACAAAGACAGCACUUCUGGGGAAUGUCGAGUAAGUUCUGGAAAUGCAUUUUAAAUCCAAAGUUGUUGGCCCAGAGAACCAGGGUAGGACAUCUGAGUGUCUCCAAUCAUUCAAAUUUUGUGGAUGAGGCUGGGAGAGAAACAUCUUCCCCUGGAACUGACCUAAGCAAGAAUCAGGCCAAGAAUGAAAAGGAGAGGCUGAUUAAAGAGCUGCAGCUCAUUACCGAGGAGAGAAAUGACCUGAGAGAUCGCCUGAGGUUUCUGACAGAGAGAUCCAAGAACAACAGAACUUGUGGUCUGAAUGAAGAAUUCAGGGAUAAAGUCAGGGAGAUUCAUAUAUUCCUAAAUGCUGAUGUUCAUUGUAUUCUAUCAUUUGGGGCCAGGCCCUACUUCAGGACAAAUCCAUAUUAUGAAGACCUGGAGAGAAUGGAGGAGGAGGUCAUGUCAAUUCUGCACAACUUAGAGAUGGAGAACACUGAGAUCCAUGAGAACAACCAUAAGCUGAAGAAGGAGAUUACCUUCUCUAGAAACCUGCUCAGCCAGCUCCUGAUGGAGAACACAUGUAGGAAGAAGUUGGUCCCACUGAAGCAGGGGAGCAAGGAGGUCCAUCUUGAUUGUGCACUGAACCAGAAAUAUUUGGUUGACUUCAACAAGAAAGAUAAAGACCAGCAAUGUCCAGACCCAGCAUCAUCAGGUCCAGUCCUCUGUAUUGAACAAAGGGAGCCAGGGAACCCUCCAUCUGAAUGCCGAGCUUCUGGUGUCCUGGACGCAGAAAAACACAUUUCUGAAGCUGAAGAAGAUCCCAAUAUGCCACACUUUAGGCCAAAUCCAUAUUAUGAAGACCUGGAGAGAAUGGAGGAGGAGAUCAUGUCAAUUCUGCACAACUUAGAGAUGGAGAACACUGAGAUCCAUGAAAACAACCAGGAGCUGAAGAAGAUUACCUUCUCUAGACCUGCUCAGCCGCUCCUGAUGGAGAACACAUGUAUGAAGAACUUCUUCACAUCUAUGCAGGAGAGCAAGGUGGUACAGAUUGAUUGUGCACUGAUACAGAAAUAUUUGAUUGAAUUGAACAAGAAUAAUAAAUAUUAACAGGAGAAGACCAGCAACCGCCAGACCCCAGCAAUAUCUGGUAAGAAUAAGCAGCUGUGUGAGCUUAACAAUAUCUGAUACCAUUUUCCAAUUUCAUACAUCUUUGCUUUCCCCUACAAUCCUUCUAAUUUACACUCCC